AUGUUUUGUCGUGCUACACCUUGCGAUGAGGAGUUAGAAGUUUACGAUGUUCUUCGUCGAAAUCUUUAUGCUAAGGGAGAUCGUGAAAGAAUGGUGACUUUGUUAUAUGCUGAACAUAUUUUUACCUUCGAAUCAUAUAUGUACGCCGUUGAAAAACAUUUGGAUUUAGAACGUGCGGUAUUGUCGUUGGAUGUGAUUUUAACGAGUGUACGUUGUGCUAGAAAGCAUAUUGCAUCAAGAUUUUUGAUAAAAUGGAUACCCUCUAAUCACAUGGGACGCGUUUGUCGGGAAUCUAUGGGUUGUACUAUGCCUCGUUAUACAACUGGUUGUAGACAUGGAUAUUUUGAACAACAUUCUCGAAUG